AUGUUUAAGAAGAACCAAAAGCUGAGUAAGGACAAGGGGUUGGAGGUGGACAGCGUCCAAGCAGGAGCCCCUGAAGAGUCAGAUGUGAAACUUAACAAUGGAGGAAAAGCAAAUGAAAGGGGUAGCAAUGAGUUCUUGGAUACAGCCCAGUCCAAAGAAAAAGUCAUUGCUUCCGUGGUCGGCAACAUGCUUCAUAUGUCCACAGAAGAGUCUGAGGCCCCACAGCAGGUUAGUAGCUCCUCCAUGUUCUCAGAGAACACCAUCUACCCCAAACAUGAAGGGAGCCCCAAGUCCUCAACAAAAAACACUCAGCUGAAACAGGAAGACAUUUCUAAAACCUCAAGCUACUCCAAGCAGACCAACUCUAGCAACAUCCCCAAGUCCUUGGCAAUAACCACCUAUCCCAAACAGGGGAGCACUCUCAAGCCUGCAGCAAAUGGUACCCAUGACAGGGAGGCUGAAAAGCCCAAGUCCUCAGAAGACCUCAUCCAAUCCAAGAAAGGGGACAUAUUCAAGCCUUCAGAAGACUCUAUCCAAUCCAAGAAAGGGGACAUGCCCAAGUUGUCAGAAGACUCCAUCCAAUCCAAGAAAGGGGACAUGCCCAAGUUGUCAGAAGACCCCAUCCAAUCCAAAAAGGAUGACACGGCCAAGUCUUUAGAAGAUACCAUCCAAUCCAAGAAUGGGGACAUGCCCAAGUCCUCAGAAGACCCCAUCCAAUCCAAAAAGGAUGACACAGCCAGGUCUUUAGAAGAUACCAUCCAAUCCAAGAAAGGGGACAUGCCCAAGUCCUCAGACACCAUUCAAUCCAAGGGAGGUAAAAUCAACAAACAAGUGAAAGACAGCAUGAAGUCCAAGGAGAGUAAAAUUCGCAAGCCCUUGAAAGACAGCAUCCAGUCCAAGGAGAACAAAAUCCCCAAGUCCUCACAGGACUCCGCCCAGCCUAAGGAGGGUAAAAUCCACAAGCCCUUAAAAGACAGCAUCCCAUCCAAGGAGAGCGAACCCCCCAAGUCCUCAGAAGACUUCAUCCAGUCCAAGGAGAGUAAAAUCCACAAGCCCUUAGAAGACAGCCUCCCAUCCAAGGAGGGAGAUAUCUCUAAGCCCUCAGAAGACACCGUCCAGUCCAAGGAAGAAAUCACCGUGUCCCCAGAAGACACCGUCCAGGCCAAGGAAGAAAUCCCCAUGUCCCAAGAAGACACCGUCCAGUCUAAGGAAGAAAUCCCCGUGUCCGCAGAAGACACCGUCCAGUCCCAGGAAGAUGACAUCAAGUCUUCAGAAGAUGAAGCGCAGCCCUCGGAGAGCGACAUCUUCCCUUAUGAAGUAGAAAUAGAGACCCUGGAGGAAGGCAUGGUGAGAGUGAUCAAAGACAAAGAAGAGUUUGAGGGGGUGCUCAAAGAUGCUGGAGAGAAGCUGGUGGCUGUAGAUUUCUCAGCCCCUUGGUGUGGCCCUUGCAGAAAGAUGAGGCCACACUUCUAUUCCCUGUCUUUGAAGCACGAAGAUGUGAUAUUCUUGGAGGUGGACACGGAGGACUGUGAGCAACUGGUGCAAGACUGCGAGGUCUUCCACCUCCCGACUUUCCAGUUUUAUAAAAACGAAGAAAAGGUGGGUGAAUUUUCGGGUGCCCUUGUGGGAAAACUUGAACAGAGCAUUGCAGAAUUAAAGUGA